CCUGGUAGCUCCUCCUCUGCCGGGGCUGGGACGCCUGGGAGCGGGGUGUACAGUCCCUCUCUUCUCUUUCCUUGCCCGUGACUCGACUUCAAAACCCUCUCCACACAGAAGCCUACCAAACCAAUCCGAGGAGCUGAAUACACUUCAGGAAGCACAGGGCAAGCACAGUGCAGCUGUGUGAGAGUUCCAAGGGCUCUCACACACAGCAGAAGUGGUUUUGCUCAGAGGGAUCCUCUGCCCCCCGCGACAUGCCGGGGCUCGGCGUCCUCCUGCUCCGCGCCUGCCUGGCGCUGCUCGCCAUGCCCAUCUACCUCCUGUCCUUCCUGGGCUUCUGGCAGCCUUUCUGUAGGAAGGUGUUUUUCCCUUUCGUCUUAGAGAAGAUCUCUGCAAUUCACGAAAGGAAAGCAAAGAAGAUGAAGCAGGAGCUGUUUCGUAACCUGGUGGACUUCAAGAGCCCGUCGGGAGAGCUGAAGCUGCUGGAGAUCGGCACCGGCUGCGGGAUGAACUUCCAGUUCUACCCCCCGGGUUGCAAAGUCACGUGCACAGACAUAAACCCCAACUUCGAGCAAACCCUCUCGAGGAACAUGGCCAAGAACCAGCAUGUCCACUACGAGCGUUUCCUGGUAGCUCCAGGAGAAGACCUGCACCAGGUGCCCAGCGCUUCUGUGGACGUCGUCAUCUGCACCUUGGUCCUGUGCUCCGUGCACAACGUGAACGGCACCCUGAAGGAAGCUCUGCGGGUGCUCAGACCAGGAGGAGCUUUCUAUUUCUUAGAGCACGUGGCUGACUCUCCUUCCAGCUGGAAGUAUUUUUGGCAGCAAGUCUGCUACCCGACUUGGAAACUCAUCUUUGAUGGAUGCUGCCUGACGAGGGAGACAUGGAAGAAUCUGGAACAGGCCAGUUUUUCGGAGCUGAAGCUGCAGCACAUCAGCAUCGCUCUGCCCUGGACGCCCGUUCGGCCUCACAUCAUGGGCUACGCCGUGAAGUAACUGGUGCCGCCAUGCCCGAACCUUCCCCCCGUCCCCACGGAGCCCCCUUGGCACAAUCGACAUACGCCACGCAGCACAGAUUAAACCCAAUCUAGGUAACAUGGUGAAGGAGUUAAUUAAGAUCCUGAUUGAAGCAUCAGACGAGAAGCAAGGGGGCAAUCUCCUGAACACCUCUGAAGCCCUGGUACUGCCGACUGCACCAGCCCAUGGCGGACGCCGGGGAGAGGCUGCGGGAGGAGGAAAAUACCGCCUCAAAAGCCAGGCUGCCCAGGGAGGGUGUGGAGGCUCCUUCUCUGGAGGUUCCCAAACCCACCUGGACACAUCCCCGUGCCCCCUGAGCGAGGGGAAUCUGCUUUAGCUUUGUGUUAGGGGGAAGGGUCUUUCCCAGCCCCACCAUUCCGUUCCGUGACUCUGAGAGGGAACCUGUGGGUAACGCUGGGGAAGGAUCCCCUCAGGCCUCUGCCGAGGGAACGCUCGGACCCGCCCCUCAGCACCCAACCUUUGCUCAGCACGACUUGAUUUCAUACGCCGGGGGGCGUGGGGAGGUGUGAAGGGGUGUGAAGGGGCG